ACGUGGGGUCUGGUCGGGGAGCCUUGACAGUGAACGUCACUUGAUAUGUGUGAAUUAUUCCUUUAAUAGAUCAAUGUAGAUAUAGUACAGGUAUGUGUAAAAGGCUGUGAACGGGAGAAAAUUUAGUCUUGUGAUUGAAAUUUGUGUAAAAGGCGAGGGAGGAGUUGAUGGGAGGAGAGGCAGCAAGGAGGGGCCAGUGAAUUUUUUUUUUAUUUUUUUUUGUUUUUUUUAUACAUGAACGAUUCCCUAACCUGUAUAUUUAUUUAUCUGGGAUUUGAGUAAAGACAAGUGGUACUGAGAGAACAUGUGGUGUGUCCUGGGAAGUGUUUCAAGAGAAGAACAAGUGUCUGGUCCUAGAGUCGGCUGACAGGUGUUCCUUGGCAUCACCAAAAUGCCUAGUGCUCACCUCACCUUACGUGAGGAGGACGUAGUAAGACUUACGCUAGAGUUUCUGCACAACCGUUUCCUGCACAUCUCACAGCUAAAUGUAGAGAGGGAGACGGGCAUCAUCAAUGGAAACCACUCAGAUGACGCACUCUUUCUCAGGCAGCUUAUUCUUGAUGGGCAGUGGGAUGAUGUCCUCGAGUUCGUACAGCCUUUGGAGGCUAUAGAUGCAUUUGACACAAAGAAGUUUCACUUCAUUGUAUUAAAGUACAAGUACUAUGAAUUGUUGUGUAUUAAGGCUGAAGCACCGGCCAACCCAAGUAAAGAGGGUGCUGUGGAUGAACUAGUCAAGGUAUUGAAUGAGUUGGAAAAAUAUGCCCCUAACAAAGAAGCGUACUCCCAGCUGUGUCUCUACCUAACACUUCCUCGACUCCACGAACAUGCUGAUUUGCGAGACUGGAACCCAAGUAGCGCUCGGGUGCAAUGCUGGACACAGGUCUUCCCUUUGGUUGAGAAGUUUUUGCCGGCCGAGCAUCGUGGAGGACUUGCCGGGGCAAUGGAGGGUGUCGGUAUGGCGAGAAAUGAUCGUCUGGUUCAGUUAAUCAUCAAGGGCCUCCUGUAUGAGUCAUGUGUUGAUUUUUGCCAAAAUCAGGCCACUGGAGAAGGCAGUGGUUCUGGCUCGCUCAAAUUUCCUUCACUCCUCGCUUCCACGACGUUCAGUGACUCUGAUCUCUCUUUGCUCUCUUGGCUCCAGAGUAUUCCCCCUGAGACUUUUGCUUGUCCAUUUGAACAAAAAACCCUUAAUGUUGAUGUUGAACGUCUAGAAAAACCUCCUCUAGAGGCCUCAUGGACAGAGCAUCUUCUUGUAACUCCUUUUAAACCCAGAACUUUUCCUCACUCAGCCAUGCCCUACAGCAGACCCAGAGCUACAGAUAUAAUGUCACGUUCCCUAAACCCUAACCUCGAUGGACUCCCAUUUGGUCUUGGCUCAAAUAGAAACUCGAUGGCUCUCUCAACUGGUGAUAUCAACAUGAUGUCAAAAAGUAUUGCAAGUUUCCAUCUCACUGGAAAGAAGACUAUGAACACUUCAGUUGACAGACUAUUUGACACAGAAAAUGUAUUUACUAGUAGUUCAUAUGGAGAUCUUCCCACCAUAAUUGAGAAGGUUGGCCUACCCAAACCUCCACCAAGAAGAGCUAGAUCACGUAGUCCCGACAAACGGCAAUCCACAGACUCCCUAAAUAAACCGGCACUGUCUGAUAAAAUUGAAAAGGAAAUCCGUGAAGAGAAGCCAGGGUCACCUCCUGCUCUGCCCCCGAAAUCAUCCCCGACCCCGCCUCAGCUACCGCUUCCAAACCACUCCCCUCCGUCUAACUUACCACCACCGUACCAUCUUCAACAGCUUCCGCCACAGCACCACCCUCACCCUAAACAAAAUGUCCCUUUGCCGCCUGUCCCUGAUGGCAAAGCUUCUUUGGCACACCCUCAACAGAACCAGCACCCACAACAGCCACCACCAUCUCAGUUUGACAACAACUGCAAUUCCAAUAACGACAGAGAGACUGGGGAACUGUACAGCAUAUAUCAGCGGAGACAACAGAUGAUGGGUCAACAACAACAACAACAACAACAGCAGCAGCAACAACAACAACAACAACAACAGCAACAUCACAUGUAUGACCACUAUGGCAACAACAACAACCAAAUGAUGAUGAACAUGGGCCCGAUGCAUCCUGCCAGUAUGAACAUAAACAGAAGUGUGAGAUGCAAAAAAAUGCAUAGGGGCUACUACGGCUGGAUGAUGCCAGGAGUGGUUCCCCCGUCACUAGGAGCUCCCAACGAUACCAUCAACCCGUCAGCACAACCACCGCCGUACCUCCAGCCCUACGACUCUGUAAAGGUAAGGCUCCAACUCCUGGUGGACGAGAGGGUCAGGCGGCGACCUAUGAGGACUGGUAACAAGGAUGGAGAAGCCAAGCCAAGGUUCCUGGCAGUCACGGCACUGGAAGAUGUCCAAGCCGUGCGUUGUGCCGAGUUCCACCCAUCCGGCCGUUUCUAUGCUGUUGGUUCUAACUCCAAAACUCUCCGUAUCUGCAGUUACCCCAAGUUAUCCGACCUCAGAGUGGAUCACGUUACCUAUCAGCCAACAGUGUUGUUCAAGCGCACUAAGCAUCACAAAGGCUCUAUCUACUGCCUGGCCUGGAGUCCCCUCGGUGACCUGGUGGCCACCGGUUCCAACGACAAAACCGUUAAGCUCAUGAGAUUCAACCCCGACUCGUGCAAUAUGGAUGGCCAAGAGGUUGAACUUACAAUGCAUGAUGGAACUGUGCGGGACAUGUGCUUCAUUGAAGACACAAGCAACAAGUCAUCUCUACUCAUUUCUGGUGGUGCUGGAGACUGCAAGAUAUAUGUUACAGACUGUGCUACUGGUACCCCCUUCCAAGCUCUCUCAGGACAUACAGGUCACAUCCUUGCUCUACACACAUGGGGAGGAGCCAUGUUUGUGUCUGGCUCACAGGAUAGAACAGUGCGUUUCUGGGACCUGCGAACUAGGGGCUGCGUUAAUGUUAUCACACCAGCAGCUACACCUACUAAACCAGGUGCUCCUGUGGCUUCUGUGUGUGUGGAUCCAAGUGGUAGACUCCUGGUAACUGGUCAUGAGGAUUCGGUCUGCUCUCUAUAUGAUGUUCGUGGGUCCCGCUGUAUCCAGGCAUUCCGGCCACACUCCUCAGAUGUACGCUCUAUCAGAUUCUCACCCUCUGCGUAUUAUCUACUCACUGCAGGAUAUGACAAUAAGCUCGUCCUUACUGAUCUUCAAGGUGACCUGACACUGCCAUUACCCAGUGUCGUCGUGGCAGAACACCAAGAUAAGGUCAUCUCUGGUCGAUGGCACCCCUCAGAUUUCUCCUUCAUCUCAACUUCUGCAGAUAAGAUGUGUACACUGUGGGCUUUGCCUCCUGUAUAACUUGGGUCUCAAGCUUGAAUAUCUCAGUCUGAUCUGUACUCGUCCCUGACAAGGUAUGUAUAAAAUAUGAUGUAUAAAACUGGUUCUCCUGCAGUUUUAAUAUUUCACUUAACAAUAAUAAGUCCACGUAACAAAAUGUCUUUACCUCUGCAAGGAUGGUAAUGAAAUCAAGUCUUCUGAAAGUUUAUGGAUUCACUCGAGAGGUAAAGAUAUUUGUGUGUGCAAAUGAGUCUCAUAAGUGUAUAGUUUGACCGAUUUUUUCCAAGUAUUGUCCCUUCAUCUGUGGCAUGGUGGUGGUGUGAUGUGGAAACCUUUUCUUGGAGUACAGUCUUCUGAGAGAAUUCACUCAAGUGGUUAAUAUAGGCUAUUGGCAUACUGUAUUGGAAUACAUGUGAAAAUUUUUGUGAGAAUUCAAUGUGAUAAUAGUUCUGUAUGGUAUCUUUAGUCGCCAAGCUUAUAUCCAGAUAAAUGUUUAAAUUAAGUAUAGUUGAAGGCUAUUUAAUUAUCAUAGAAUGGUUUGGAAAUUUUUGAAGUAAAGUUACAAAGGAUGUAUAACAGGUAAAUGAAAUCAAGCCAGGGUGUGCUUAGGCUUACUCUGUCAUUGAUAUUUGAAAUUAUGAUUGAGCAUGUGAUAUGAUGCUUCAUUUUGAGAGUAUUGCAUGAGUUUUAGGUCCAUUGUGCUGAACAAGUUUAAAGUUCCUGAACAUUGUAAUGGGAAAAAAAUUACCCUAGCAUUUAAAUUUAACAUGUGGAAAACAGAUCUUUUGUGAAUAUAUCUGUACUGUAUUUUGGUUUAUGUCAUUGAUUAUAUAAUACAUCUCCCUGUUUAUGUCUUACUGAAAGUUGGUGAAAUCUUCUUUAGAUAUUUUGUAGAAUAUGAAAUCUAUAAAACUUAAUUAGGAAUAUACAAUUUUUUGCUAAAGAUGGAACUUUUUUUUACUUUCACAUUUGUUUCGGUUUAAUACUAAUGGAAACUCAAUGUUAGGUAUUGAAAAUUAGUACUUAAUAAAAAUUUUGUCGUCUCUGAAUGCUCUGUUAUGUUCCACAGUUUAUAUAUACUGUAUAGGAUUAGAUUUUUUUAGUAAAGAAAAAGCUCAGGAUAGAAGUAAUUGAUGAAUACAGGCAGUCCCCGGGUUACAAACGAGUUCUGUUCCUGGGGACAUUCUUAAGUCUAAAAUGUACCUAAGUUGGAACACAUGCUAUGUGCAUACUGUACUUACAGAACAAUGUUAAAAAUCCCACUAUACCAUUGCCCAAGUCCUUAUAUAUUGUACAUCUAAAAUUACUUAAUUUAAGAGAAAACAAGAAAUAGAAUAACAAAAUACAGUAAAUGAAAGUAAAAUGUAAGUCAUCGGGUAAAUAAAGUGCUGUCAAUUUAAAGUUUUUACUGUAUGGGACCUCGUUCGUGUCGGCGGAUGUUCGUAAGUAGGGCGUACAUAACCCGGGGACCUCCUGUAUGUAACAUUUCAGUCAUGUUUAGUCAGUUAAUUCUUCUUUGCCUCCAUUUUCUUCAUAUUGGUGUAAUAGACUGACUAAAUUCAUCAGAAUAUAGAUGCUAUUUUUAUUUAAAUUAUUAUUUACUGGUACCGUAUAUGGUAUUGUUGGAAUGGUGGGGUCUUCAUGUUAUUUGUAAAGAUGGUAACAUAGCUUAUUCAGGGAGAAAAUGUGACUGGGUGUAAGGAAAGAAAAAAUAUCUCCUUUGUUGGGUGAGAAUUUAACAGGUUUUAUUCUGUAGGUGAUGAACAGCAUUUAGUGUUUCACUUUUUUAAGUAGUUACUUGUUGUCAAACUUAAUUAUUGGCAGUAAAAGUACAGUAACUACAAAAUGUAAGUUUAUCUGAAGUUAAACAUAUGCAACCUUAUUGGUUGAAUAUGAAAAAGCUCAUGACUGCCAGUAUAUAUACAGUAUAUAUAUAUAUAUAUAUAUAUAUUGUUGGCAUGCUUUAAGGUGACUUUGAAUGUGCAAUUGUACAUCUUUAUUGUAAACACGCCAAGUAUAAUGUAAUGAUGACCUGCUGGUAAUUGUUGAUGUUAAUCUUCCAACUCUCUGUAUAUAAUGUGUUCAUUAUAUCAACUCUGCUGGAGUGACACGUCUUCACUGCUGGGAGAGUUCAUCUUAUUUUCACUAUUAAGAAAUAGUGUGAAAAUAAGAUUAUGAAUGAACCAAAAAGUCAUUAGAUAGAAUCUCUGUGUUUGUUCCUGUGUUUAUUGAUUGUGAAGGAAAGAGUUUGGUAUAUUUAUACAGACUAAUAUGGUGUGUAAUGAGUAUGAUGAUCACUGUUGCUCACAGUUAGCAAAGUAAGAGUAACCCAUACUGUAUUUACUGUAUUACAAUUGGUAAAAACUUGAUAUUCAAAGAUAAAAACACUGGGAGAAGGUACCGUUCUGUUUCUAGUAAUUAUUACUGCAGAUUUUUAUUUCACUUGCUGCAUGAAAAAAAAAUCAUAAUGAACUUGCUUGUAUAUCCGAACAUCACUUUGCUUUAUAAUUGAGUUGCACUAUCUUCUCUCACACUAGGAAUGUAAAUAUUUGGUAUGGAGCCACGAGCACGUUAGCCUAGUUACUGUCUGUUGGAGACAUAUCGACGGUAACUGUCAACAAAGUUUUGUAGUCAAUUGGAAAUAUGAUAUAAAAGCCAUUCCUGUAUAUACAAGUCUGAAAAAUGUUUUGAACGAGUUUUCAGUAAAAAACGUAAAAUAGCUGUGGUAUUUCAGAAACGAAAUGCUAUAUUUUCUCACUGUCCUAAGAAAUAUAUUGACAGUUCUCAGGAUACAAGAAAGGCUUCUAUACCCAACUACUAUGAAUGACUUUAUUUGACGGGACCUUCGAUAUACUAUUACCCGGUUAGAUAAAUUCAAGUCCUUGGCAAAUAUUUUUUACCUACAGAAGUUUAUCCUUUAUAUAUAUAGUAUAUAUAUACAAAUAAACUUUUUUAAAUGUCUCAAAAGGUAAAGUUUAGGGAAAGUAGUUGAGAUUGAUUUGAAACUAUUUUGCAUACCAGCCAGAGAUAUAUGAAGUGGAAACUCAAUUCAGGGCAUUUUUUCCCAAUGUGGAUUUGAUAUCCAACUAAAGUCAUGGGCAGGGUAAAUGGAUAAGAAUGUAAAUACAAUUAGGUGUAUCCAAAGUGGAAUAUAUUACAAUACUUUUUUAAGUAAAAAUAUUGUUUUCCCCUUUUGAGUGUAGUUUUCUGACCUACUCCUUCAUCUUCACCAAUUUGGUCUCGUCGUUACAACUUUCAGAAAGUUGAACACAAUUAUGUGUGCCCAGUGUGGGAUAUAUUGCAAUAUUUUUUUAAGCAAAUAUUAUACUUUGUUCUUUUUGAGUGUACUUUUCUGGUCUACUCUUAUCCCCUUCUCAAUUGUCAUAAUAACUUUCAGAUGAACUGUGAACUAAGAAGAAUAUAUUGUACAUUGUCGAGGGUUCAAAACAUCACCGUACAUAAAAAUCUUUGUGGGAUAAACUAGACUUAGUUUUUUUGCCUUUAAUAUAAAGUAUUUGUGAAAUAUAUAUUUUAUAAAUAAUUUUAGAGGGAAUUUUAUUAUGUAUUGUGUACAUAAAAUGUUUCCUGAAUUCUUGUUUCUGAUAAAUAUUUAAGUCACAAACAUAUCAAGAGAGUUGAUGACUUAUUUGUUUCCACAAACUAAAUUGAUAGUUAAUUUCUAUAAAAAAAUAACCUUUUUGUAAAUUAUAUCUUACCCUCUACCAGAGAGACCUUUUACUUGUACUGUGUACCCAGAAGAAAGUAAAUUAAGGUACUGUAUUUAAAACUUUCCUGACUCCUGUGCUGUGAUCUCAUCGGCAACUCUACCUUAGAAACACUUGUGAAUUCUCAUUAUAUAGUAUAUGCAAUUAAUACUCUAUUGUAAACUAUUUUUUGUAACUUAUCUUAUUGAAGCUUUUCAGUCACAUAUGUUUAGGCUUCAUUUAACUCUUGUAUUUCUUGAUGAUAGCAUUUGUUUAGGUAAUGUAAACUAAAGCAUCUUUGGUAUUUUCUUAAGAGCUUUUUCAUGAAAAUAUGCAUUCCAUUAAUUAUCAUAAUCAGCUUUCCAAAGAACUGAAGAGUUGCUGUCAUCUACCAUUUGUUAUAUAUAUUUAGUUUUAUAUAUUUUCCUUGGUUGGCACAAGUAAACAUAGGGCUGUGUGUACUUUUGUCACUAAAAUAUUGAACCAUGUGUCAUUUAGUUGCUCAGUGGGUAAAUCUGGUUAUGUCUCCUUUUCAUGAAUGAAUUUGGUUUAUUUUUUCUCACAUCUGUUUAUACUUACUGUAAUUUAAUAAAUGAAUGUAUGAUC